GAUCGCUCCUCUGCCAUCAUUCUCCUCGCAGCGGCCCGUCCGUGAGGCUCCGGCCCCGCCCCGCGAGGUGCGCGGGGUGGCUGAGGGGCCGGCGGGACCAUGGCGGAGGAAGGCGAGCGCUGCGACCCCGAGCGCGCCACGGCUGCCGCGGCGGAGGCUGGAGAUGGGGCUGAGCCCGAUAGCCGGGCCGGGGAAGACCCCGCGGAGAGCCCCGACGUAUACAGAUACAUUAAGGGAGACUUGUUCACCUCCGAGAUCUAUAAAGUAGAGAUACAGAACCUGCCCAAAUACAUUGGGUUUAACGAUGUGAAAAAGUUCCUAGCCAAGUACGGGCUCAGUCCGCACAAGAUAAAACUCUUCGGGAAGCAGACGUUCGCCUUCGUGACGUUCAAGAGCGAGGAGGAGCGGGACAAGGCCAUGCGGGUGCUGCACGGCGCGCUCUGGAAGAGCCGCCACCUCAGCGUGCGCCUGGCCAAGCCCAAAGCCGACCCCAUCGCCAAGAAGAGGAAGCAAGAAGAGGAUUCGGAGCAGGGAGAGGCGAAGCGUGCGGCUCCCUGCGGAGAGGAGCCUCUGAGCAAGCGGAUCGCGGAUGUGGUGACCCCGCUGUGGAACGUGCCCUACGAGGAGCAGCUGGCCCAGAAGAAGCAGGAGUGCGAACAAGUGCUGCAGAGGCUGACAAAGGAAAUAGGAAAUAACAACAGAGCUUUAUUACCCUGGUUGUUCCUGCAGAAGCAGAAGUUUAAUAAAUUAUGCUGCCCAGUGGAGGGAGUGAAAGCAUCACCCUUACAGACUGGAUAUCGCAACAAAUGUGAGUUCUUGAUUGGGAUUGGUGUAAAUCAAGAAGACAAAACUGUGGGUUGUCGUCUUGGCAAAUAUAAGGGUGGUACAUGUGCUGUAGUGGAGCCAUUUGAUACUAUUCAUAUUCCUGCUAUUGCCAAAAAAGUAGUAAAAGCUUUCCAAGACUACAUAAGGUCAACCCCUUACUGCGUGUACAGCCCCGAAACCUACGAAGGGCACUGGAAACAGCUCACGGUGCGCACCAGCCGCAGCGGCCACAUCAUGGCAAUCGCUUAUUUCAAUCCUCAGAAAUUGAGUAAAGAAGAGCUAGCUGACCUGAAAAUCUCUCUGGCAAAAUACUUCACAGAAGGGAUGGGAAAGAGCAGUGGUGUUACUUCCCUGUACUUUGUGGAGGAAGGACAGAGGAAAUCUCCCAAUAUAGAAGACUUGCCUUUGGAGCAUGUGGCUGGUGAUAAGUACAUAUAUGAAGAACUCCUCGGCCUAAAAUUUAGAAUUUCUCCUCAUGCAUUUUUUCAAGUGAACACACAAGCUGCAGAAGUGUUGUACACUGCCAUUGGGGAGUGGGCACAACUGAGCCAAGAGAGCACCGUGCUGGACAUCUGUUGUGGGACAGGAACCAUUGGGAUUUCUUUAGCAAAGAGAGUGAAGAAGGUAAUUGGAAUUGAGCUCUGCCAAGAAGCUGUGCAGGAUGCCAAAGCAAACGCCCAGAUUAAUGAACUGAAUAAUAUUGAAUUUUAUUGUGGGAAGGCAGAAGAUAUUGUUCCUUCUCUAAUGAAUGUUUUAGCUCCUCAGAACCUGAUCACGAUUGUAGACCCACCACGAGCAGGCCUGCAUUCCAAGGUAAUUCUUGCCCUUAGAAGAGCUGAACAUCUGAAGAAGCUCAUCUAUGUCUCCUGCAAUCCCAGAGCGGCAAUGAAUAACUUUGUGGACCUGUGCCGGGCCCCUUCCAACAGGGUGAAAGGAGCCUCGUUCCGGCCCGUGAGAGCCAUGGCUGUGGAUCUGUUCCCGCAGACCAGGCACUGUGAGUUACUGAUCUUCUUUGAGAGGGUGGAGUACGCCAACGGCAGCUCUGCAGCAGCAGCCCCUGCUGCCAGCGAGAGCACAGCAGCAGCGUGUGGGGCUGAGGGUGUGCAUGGCAUCAGCCCAGAGGCCGGGGAGGGGAGCCAGGCAGCUGCUGGCCAUGGAGACUGCAGUCCAAGAGGGGGCUCACCUUAACUCCUGAGAGACUUUGCACAAACUCCUUUUGCUUUUUAACUGCAUCAGAACAUCACUUCUGUAACAUCCAGGUUCCCAGAAGGGUUGGUGUUGGAAAGGACCUUAGUGAUCAUCUCAUAACCACCCCUCUUCUAUGAGCAGCGACACCUUCCACUCAGAACCCCGUCAAGCCUGGUCUUGCACACUUCCAGGGAUAGGAUGUUACAUAGGCUUAGGCCAAAUCCUGCUUCUCUUCCUGCCUAGAUACAUACAUACAAAUAUCUAUAUAUUGACACAUCCAAUUCCCAGAGCAAGUCAUCUUGCUACAGGGACCUGGAUGUACCUGUCAUUACUUCAUCAUGCUCUGCCCUCCUGUCAGACCUAAGCCAUGUUUUUUCAGUAAGCAAGUAAAGAUUAACCCUUCCAUAAAUCAUUUAAUUGCUACAUUUUCAUUAAGAAGUAACAAAGUCUAAUAAAACUGCUACUACACUUUCCACAGUUGAAGUCAGUCUUACUCUCAGACUGUAGCAUCACUGACAAGACAAUAAAGGCUCUAAGUUUCCUUCACCAAACUAGUAAAGCUGAGGUGACUUUGCUCAAGCCAGGCCCUCACCACUGAAAAUGGACAGCCAGAACUGACCUGUACCAACACCAGCACCUUACACUGCACUGCCAGUGCAUCUACUGGGGCUGAAGAUAAACCUGGCUUGAGAGCUCCACAAGGUGCUCUCCAGUCAGGACUCACUGCAGCCAGAGGCUCAGCAGCUACCAUCAAUGGACUGUGAUCCACACUACAGAACAGACAGCAACACUGUUAGGAGGAGUGACCAUCCUAAAUCUCAACUUGCUUCUAAUAUCCAUUUAAUAUGGCCUAACAACAAUAUUCUACCACAGCCCAUGGCUGUACUGAUACCACACCUUUCCAGUGUUUGGUACCUGCACCCAACAGGUACCAAAACCAGUACUUUGGGUUGUAAUAUUUCCAGCCUUGCCAUAGUUUAAGGAAAAAUACAAAUGCCAAUUCAAAAAGAGGUAACUUAAUUUCAUUCCAAGUGCUUAACCAUGUUAACAUUUAAUUUCUCACCAAAAAAGUGAUUAAAUAUGUCCAUAAUCAACCAAUGCACUGAUCUAAUUUCUCUUUAAAAAUACCUAGAAGACUUGAAGAAUAAGACUUUCUCUAGACAUAGCUUAAGCUACCAUAAUACUGAUCACACUGGCACAUUUUAUAAUAUCAAACUUUAUUGCUUGAAACUAAUUGUCUGAAAAAUACACAUGUAGUACUCAAAGACUGAACACAGAGGAUUACAUGAUUGUGCAGAAAAAAAAGCAAGCAGAGGCUCAAUGAAAAUGAGGCUUUAUAGUUGUACCAAUUCAGCACUGGCACCAAGCAACUGCACCCAACACAACUCAAACAGCAACCAUUGUUACCUGCUGGGGCAAUAAGGAUGAACUUUGUUUUGUUUUCCCAUGUUCUCAGAUACACAUUGAAAAACUGUCACCGAUAAUUUUAUUUGGUUAAUAACAGCAUGGCUUCUUGCACUUCACAUUUCUUCCCAUGGAAAGUUAGGAGGCUAUCACUUCCUGAAUUUCAUUCCAGAACCAAAGCACAGUUUAGUGAAUUAAUAAGAUAAUCAUGAUGCUUUUAAAUACUUGGACGUUACAAAUAUAUUUGUAUAAAGCCUAACAGCAUCACAGGAGAAUGGAAGUUUACAUACAACAGUUAAGUUUAUGCAUAAUAGUCUUUCCAAAGUUUUGAGUACCCAACUAAUUAAGUUUUGUCUAAUAAAUAUGUUAAAAAAAGCUGAUGACUGGUGUUUCAGUAGGUAGCAUCUGACUAGUCACUGGAAGUCACAGUAAGUUUUCCGUCAGUACCAUGAAGAUUUGAAUGCACACAAAUUUAAUCCUUAAAGUCAAUAUACCACACUUUUGUCGAGAAGCACAUAAUAUGCAAAGCAAAAACUGUCUAAUCCCCAAAGGAUGGAACAGUUCUUAAAAAUACACUCCAUCCCUACAAAAAUACCCAUCUUCCCCUGGAUAUAGAAGGGAUAAAUCACAAGUAUCAGUGACAAAAGCAGCAGUUUUAUGCAUUCAUACAAUCAGAUCUAAACCUUUACAGCCAAUUACCUAGAAAACACACAAGAGUUACAAGACAAGUUUAGGAUACAUCUUGUAUCACACUGUAAGUGUUCAUGCAGAAGCUGAAGUUAAUGCAAUGAUCUAUCCUCUAUCACAGCAGCUCGUGCUUAUGUGCAAAUGCAAGACUGUUACACUCCAAACAAUAGUAAACAUUAAAACACAAGAAUACUUCACGACAUAAACAGCAGUUACGUUGUUUGUUCCAGCAGUUAUUGCGCUAUUUUCUGGACAUCUCUCCAGUUAAAGGCUGCAGCAAGGUCUAAUACCAUCUUUUUAUGUUUGUUUAGAAUGCAUAAUAUACUAGGCUUUGGUUCACAAUGAAAUCUCUGGAUGUUUUAAUUAAGGGCAAUGGUCACCUUGUGAUUCUGAUAGUGGCAGACUGAGGUAAUACAGCAAUCCUCUUAAAAUUAACGAAAACAAAUUGGUAAGUGAGGCAUCUAUGGAUAUUCUGCAGGUGACCUGCAAAUGCAUUGACAUUCUGAUUUCAGAAAAAUAAAAAGAUCUACAAGGGUGAUUUGUCUUUUACAGUGCCAUCCAAGUACAGAUUUUUCUGCUGAAAACACAAGCUGAAAUAAAACCUAAGAGUAAUACAUUUAGUCAUAGAAGAUAAAAGCCCUGUCUUUACAAAAAAAGAAAAGUCCCAAUAAAAACAAUGAAAAGAGACAUACAGCAAUCACUGCUUGUCACUACUGCACCAAUAUUAUAUACCCUUCAAAAGAUGGAGAUUUAUUAAAGCUAUACAGAAAAAAAGCAGAGGCAGUGUUUUUUUGUUGUUUUUUUUUCUUUUUUUAGACAGGCUACUUCUUUAAAUAAUAGUUUAUGUAUUGUCUUCCAACUACCCGUAUCCUGUUGUAACAGGAUUACAACUCAUGGAACUAAAAAGCUAAAUAUAAUAAAAAAAUGGGUGUUCAUAUUUGCAGAGACCUCCAAGCGCAUCAUUUAAACACAGAAACAGGGUAAGACUCCAUGACUACUCCUGUUUAACCUCAAACAUUAUAUGCAACACAUUAGAGAACAUGAGUUUGAAAUAUAAAUUAAAAUCCACAUAUUUCAAAAGUAACAUGUAAUGUUAAAAGGAGGUCUUACAAUACUGAUGCCAAUAUUUUUAAAAUCCAGUAGGCACUAAAUUCAAUAUACUUGCAGCACUCUCUAUGUAACAUGGUAAAUUAAAAAACAAAGCCGCACAAAAAACAGAAUAAAACCAAACCAAACCAAACAAAAAAA